AUGAAUUUAGUGAGAGACGAAGAAAAGGAGGUGUACCCUGCAGCACCCAUGACUGGAGAAAAUUCAUGUGGAAAAGGAGCGAUGUGCGGCAAAUCCGCACCUUUGGAACUCUCGAAGGAGAAAGAGGACUUGGAAUCUCGAAAGAGUAGAUCAACUUACAUUUCGGGAAAUUCUUCACCUGAGGAAGACGACUAUGAGGAAGAAGAGGAGUGA